UCACUAAAGCACAAACGUGCAGCGCCGUUGGCCACAAAACUGUGUUUUUAUUUGUUUUCUAGUUAUUUACAAGCAAUAUAUUUACCUCUCGAUAAAGUUGCCGCUUUGAUAGCCCAUGUUCCGUAAAAACUGCGCAAAAUGGAAUCGAAAUACCUGAUAAAUGGCAAUGGUAAUGGCAAUAUGAGUUUGACCUCGACUUUCGCUGUCAAGCGUAAAAUUGAACCAAUGAAAGAGCAGAAUUGCAUCAAGAAACCCAACUACAGUCCGAUCAAUAAUAAAAAUUUGCUUGGCAACAAGCGGAACUGCAUCGACCAGGAGCGCAAAGCGUUGCCCGUUUAUCACUGCAGACAGCGCAUACUCAAGGAGCUGGAGGGCAAUGAUACACUGCUAAUCAUGGGUGAGACGGGCUCUGGCAAAACAACGCAAAUACCACAAUUCCUGCUGCAAGCAGGCUAUGCCAAUAGCGGCAUCAUAGGAAUCACACAGCCAAGACGCGUGGCCGCAAUAACAAUAGCCAAACGUGUCGCCCAGGAGCUGGCGAGCAAUGUGGGCGACACGGUGGGCUAUACGGUACGCUUUGAGGAUACGACAACGGACAGGACACGCAUACGCUAUCUGACCGACGGCAUACUCCUAAGAGAAGCGAUAGCGGAUCGUCUACUGCGUCGCUAUGCCGUCAUCAUGCUGGAUGAGGCGCACGAGCGCACAGUGAAUGCAGAUCUGCUGUUUGGCAUUGUCAAGGAGGCGCAGCAGGAGCGACGCAAACACAAACUGACCAAGCUGAAGCUAGUGAUUACCUCCGCCACGAUGGACAUCGAUCACUUUGGCAAAUACUUCAAUGUGAAGGGCAUGUACCUGGAGGGUCGGACACAUCCGGUGCGUGUGCUGCACGCCAAGGAGCCGCAGGAGGACUAUAUACAUGCAGCGCUAGUCACUCUGUUCGAUAUUCAUCGGCACGAGCCCAUAAACCAUGAUGUGCUCAUAUUUCUAACUGGUCAAGAAGAGAUCGAGGCAUUGGCCCAACAGAUCCGUCAGCUGGCGAGAAUCAACAAUUCGGGCCCCUCGGAUGUGCGCGUGUUCACACUCUAUGCCCAGCUGGCGCAGAGCAAGCAGUUGGAAUGCUUCCUGCCAGUUCCAGCGAAUACACGCAAAAUUGUGUUGGCCACGAAUAUAGCAGAGACUUCGAUUACCAUUCCGGGCAUAAGAUGCGUCAUCGACUGUGGCUACGUGAAGGAGAAGUCCUUCAAUGCCAGCUCCGGCCUGGAUCUGUUAAAGACUGUGCGCAUCUCACAGGCUCAGGCCUGGCAGCGCAGCGGACGUGCCGGACGCGAUGCACCGGGUCUCUGCUAUCGCAUCUACACGAAGGGCAACAUGGAGAAGUUUCGUCUCGCUGCACAGCCCGAAAUAUUGCGUGCGAAUCUAACUGCCACAGUGCUGCAGUUGCUCGCGCUGGGCAUCGAUUGUGCCAGCUUCGAUUUCAUAGAUAAGCCGCCGGCGGAGGGCGUGGAGAGCGCCUACAAAGCUCUCGAGCAACUGGGCGCCAUUAAGGCGGGUAGCAUAACGACAACGGGUCGCUGGAUGGCUCAGUUUCCAUUGGAUCCACGAUAUGCCAAGCUGCUGCUGGCGGCGCCCACAUUUGGCUGCAUGGAGGAGAUGCUCAGUCUGGUCGCUGCGUUGUCCAGCGACAACGUGUUCAUUGGCCAUGCGGAUAAAAGCGAACUGGCUGCCCUGGCACAUGCAAAGUUCCAAUCGAAGCAUGGCGAUCAUCUCACCCUGCUCAACGUUUUCGCCACCUUCCAGAAGACGGAAAAGCCCAAGAUCUGGUGUCACGAUAAUUUCCUAAAUAUUCGCAAUCUUAACUAUGCGCGCAAUGUGCGCAAUCAGCUGGCCGAGAUUAGCGCCAGGCUAAACCUGGCACUCAACAGUUGCGGCGACAACAUGGACGCCGUCAAGAAGUGCUUGCUGACAGGUUUAUUUGACAACAUCGCUCUGCUCCAGAAGGAGGGCCACUACCUAACACUGAGUGGGCGCGUCAAGGCCAAGAUACACCCGUCGAGUGUCCUGCAUGGCAAAUACAAGCCGCAGUGCAUCCUCUUCACGGAGCUCGUGCAAACGGAGCACAAUUUCCUGCGGCAGGUCACAGAGAUCAGCAUCGAUUGGAUCGAGGAGAUCGUGCCAUCCAUCAAGUGUAUCCUCAAAUGAACUUCCACUUGAUAUGCUUCAUACGAUUCACACAAAAUACAAAGAAAACAAAAACAAAAGUUAUGUUUCUAUAA